CCCGGAUAUCCUUAUGGGGCCCGCCCCUUCGCUUAAUGUCAUCACAUCAGGCAUAUGCUCCAUAUUACAUCUUCGCCGUUCGCUGCAUCCUUUACUCAAAUCAUCUGACCCCCCGAAAACGAAGACACGAUUGCGACCAGUUAGUUCGGUUUGCUGGGUCGAACAAUGCAAUCCGCCUUCAUUGGUUUCGGGGCGAGUGACUUGCAUCGCGCCUACCUACUAGUAGGUACUUUAUGCCCCAGGCUAGGUCCAGGUUCCAUGGGCUCGCUAUACCCGGGGAGGGAGAGAGAGAGAGAGAGCGAGAGAAGAGAGAGUUUCGUUCUUGCUUGACCCUGUCCCUGACUCCCCUCGGGCCCCUUCUCGAGGCUGCCAUGUUCGCGCGAGCGGAAAAGGCUUAUAUUCCUGGCUCUUCCACCGUCUGAUCAUUCACCAUGUCCGGCGAUUGUGCAAACGUGGGCUCUCCCUCGACCACCGACUGUUCUCUCGUCAUGCCGUUUCUAUCACCUCCCGACCCCCAACCCUCUGACCCCAUUGGUGCGGUCCUUCAGCGACACUUCUCUCCCUCGGUGCAGGUCAAAGGGGUCUACUCCUUACGGGGCCAUCUACAUUCCAUCAAUCGGAUCGUGUUAUCGAAUGGCGAUCAACUACUCCUGAAGUGCUCCCCGGGGCCAACGACCCCCCUCUUGCGGCGGGAGCAGCUGUUGCUGGAGACUGAGGCUCGCGCCCUUUCCAUCCUGAAGCAAAGUGAAACCCCAUACAUCCCCUCCUUUGUUCACUAUGGUCUCCAGGGAGGCUCGAUGGGGUCGGCCUUCCUCAUGCGGCACUAUGUUACCGGUUCCACGUUACAGGAGAUGGAGCCCCGGCUUACUAUCCAGGACCGGGACGGGAUCGACCGAGCUCUGGGGUCAUUAGCUUACAGGAUCGGACAACAUGCUUCUGACUCCUUUGGGUCCCUGGAACAGGUAGCCUGCGGGUCUGGCAAACGAUCCUGGCGGGAGGCGUUCGUGACGCUGUUAGAAGGCAUUCUUCGAGAUUCGGAGGACGCCUUUGUCCAUCUUCCCUAUGCUGAAAUCCGACACCAAGUUCGCCGGUUGUCACCUGCACUUGAGGAAGUGACGUCGCCGCGGCUCGUAGUUGUUGGCUUGGGUCAACCGUCGCAGGUGCUCCUUAAUCCCGAGUCUAAGCAACUGUCCGGGCUCAUCGGGCUGGAGUAUGCCCUCUGGGGGGAUGUUCAGAUGGCGGAAAUUUUUGGGGAGCCGUCCCCGGCUGUGCUGGAAGGCUUUGGCUCACGAUUGACGGAAGGCAGGUCCCAUGUGGCCCGGCAGCUAUUAUAUGCCUGCUACCGCUCUGUUCACAAAGUCACGAUCCAUUACUACCGUGACCAGGGGAUGACCACCGAGAUGGACGCCAGGAGGCAGCUAACAUCAAUCCUCUCUCAAACAUCCUCCUCCCCUGGGGUCACCGCUCCCCAAUCCGAAAUGGCGCAUUUCCUGCGGGGAAAGCAAGCCGGCAUCCAGAAGGACUUCUCCGAGAACUUGUCGCCGGACCUAUUCAACCUGGAAGAUUUCGCACGAUGCGGCAUCAACUCCCAGAUUAGCGCUAUCGCCUACGAUCCCGUGCAGUCGCUCCUCGCCGUCGGAACCAGUGACACCCAGUUCGGUCAGGGUCAGAUCUACAUCUUCGGUCAACGGCGGGUGGCGGCCGUUUUCGCCUUGCCCCGGAAGGCGUCCGCCAAGUUCAUCCAGUUCUGUGCCGACAAGCUGGUCAGCGUCGACUCCAAGAGCGAAAUCACCAUCUACUCCCUCGCGACCCGACAGACCCUGGUCUCCUACGCUCCUCCGACCCAUGCUAGCGCGUUGUUGACGGACCCCAGCCUUGAUUAUGCGUUCAUCGGGCUACAAAAUGGCGAUAUCAUUGCCUACGAUCUAGACCGUGAGACCCUCACCCCGUUCCGAGUGCCCAACCUGUGGGCUCAGCGCAACCCCCGAGCCCGGCUCUGUCCCGUCGUCAGUCUCAGCUUUUCGCCUCGUGAUAUCGGUAAAAUCUUGGUCGGGUAUCCGGAAGGUGCGGUGACGUUUUCAUUCAAGCAAAACGUGGCUCAGAAAUACUUCGAAUAUGAGGUCCCGCCGGGUGCACUGGGGGGUAAUGGUGACGUCCCGUCGCCAGAUUUGCGCAGACCCCGGCUGACUAGGGCUCUUUGGCAUCCGAAUGGCAUAUUCGUGUUGACGGUGCAUGAUGAUAAUAGCCUGGUGUUCUGGGAUUCCAAGGAUGGUCGCAAGAUUAUGGCCAGGUCGAUUCAGAAUCCCAAUGUUGAUCAGCCGGGUGUAGGCCCCGAACAACCGCCUUCGCCGGGUACAAGUGGGAUGAAGGAUCCGAUCACUAAUGUGGUAUGGUGUGUCAAGGACAAUGGUGAUGAUAGUGGACUGUUGAUUGCGGGUGGCCGGCCCAAGGCUGAGACCACCAAGGGACUCUCCUUCAUCGACCUGGGCCCGUCACCAAACUACCAGACUUCUUCAUGGGCGAUCAUCUCGAAGCAUUUUGAGUCCCCCAAACGCAACAUUGUCCUUCCUACUCCCCCGGGUGCGCAGGUUGUCGACUUCUGUGCUAUCCCUCGCAGCACUCCCUACUAUGGCGGAGCUCAUGAUCCUAUUGCGUUGAUCGCCCUCCUGUCUUCUGGAGAAGUGAUCACGAUGAGUUUCCCCAGUGGACACCCGAUUACGCCUACCAACAUGGUUCAUCCCUAUCUCUCGUUUGUGCAGCCUUUCGUGAACAAGGCUAUCCUGACUCCGGUCGAUCGUUCUGCAUGGUUGGGCCUGAAGGAGCGCAGAUCCCAGGGACCCAAGUUCUUGCUCGGAGGUGCAGAGGCAAACAAGUCGCUCAAGCGGUUCGAGGAUCGCAAUGUCCUGACAACGGCCCACGCGGAUGGAACCAUUCGCAUUUGGGAUGCCGGUAACGACGACGAGAUUGAGAACGGCGAGGUCGUCCAAGUGGAUUUGGCUCGGGCUGUUGGCCGUGUUGGCAACAUCGAAGUGACCGAGAUGUCGCUUGGCGGCUCGACUGGUGAGCUUUCCGUCGGCCUGAAGACCGGCGAGCUUGUGGUUUUCCGCUGGGGAACCAACCAAAGCUAUGGUCGUGAGGAGCCUCCGGGUGCCAAUGAGGGGCCUGGGAAGUUGACCAAGAUCAGCCACAGGGUCGACCCUGGACUAGAAAAGGGUGUUCUUCCACUGACGCUCCUGAACAUGCAGCAGGGCCCGGUCACUGCCUUGAAACACAGUCAAGUGGGCUUUGUUGCAGUUGGGUUUGAGGGUGGUGGUCUGGCGAUCAUUGAUUUGCGCGGGCCUGCCAUUAUCCACACUGCUCAUUUCUCAGAACUGCUCAAGGUAAACAAGAGAAGCAGCAUCUUUAACAAACGCAGCUCCUCGAUUCCCGCCCCGGAAUGGCCUACCAAGAUUGAGUUUGGCGUGCUAAGUUUGGAAGGCGAAGACUACUCUAGCAUCUGCUGCUUUGUGGGCACCAACCGAGGAAACCUGGCGACUUUCAAGAUCUUGCCUUCGGAGAAUGGCAAAUACAUGGCCACGUUUGUCGGUACGAAUAUGCUGGACGACAAGGUCAUCAGCAUCAUCCCGGUCAACGCAGAUGACGGCAGUCUCGCAUUGGCCACGCCCAACCUGGUCGGAGGCCUACGGAACGGGAAUCGUGUGAACGGCGUCGUCAUUGCGGUGACUGUUUCUGGCUGCCGGAUCUUCAAGCCCGCGACUUCCAAGGGCGCGCAUCGGUCCUGGGACGAUUACCUGUGCGACUCGGCCGCGGUGGUCAAGACUGAGGCCCGUGGCUACAGUCUCGUCGGGCUGUUUGGCGACGGACACACCCGUGCCUUCUCCAUCCCCGGUCUGAAAGAGAUUGGCUCCCGUCCGAUCAACCAGAUCGCUGAUAUGAGACGUCUUUCGGAUGCGACCAUCUCCUCCAAUGGAACCGUCUUGGUCUGGACAAGUCCUUCCGAAGUGGGACUGUUCAGCGUCUGGGGAACGGGACAUGGACUGUACGCAGCACUCGAGACUCCACCCACCUCGCCAAAAGCUAACAGUUCCUACAGACGACCGUCGGAAGACCAGCUCUACAACCCACAAGCAGUCAUUCCCCCGCGACCUACCAUCACCAACAUCCAGUGGAUCUCCGGUACCCAAUACAUCUCCCCAGCGGACAUGGACAUUCUCAUCGGCGGCCCCGACCGGCCCCCCUCCAAGCGCAUGCAGGAGCAGAUGCGGCAGGAAGACGAAGAGCGCCGGAGAGCUUUCCGCGAAGGCCGCACCCCGACCACCUCAUCCACGCAGUCAGGCAGCCAGGAAGGCUACUGGUCCUACAUGCAGCGGCAGGUGCAGGAACGCACCGAGAAACUCAGCUUCGCGGGCGAUAACAUGGAUCGGCUGGAGGAGAGCAGCAGUAACUGGGCGAAAGACGUGAAUAAGUUCGUUCAGAAUCAGAAGAAGAAGGCGGUUCUUGGCGCGCUGGGUUCGAAGUUCGGUAUUUGAGGGGACUAUUACUACGAGGUAGGGAGGGUAGUUGGAGGAAUGGAGUGCUGUUGUAGGGAGACUUGGGGAAGAGGAAGAAGGAAGUCAUUAGAACAUUUGUUCUUAUACAUACCCGGAAUCGGUUGGCGUUUUUUUUUUCUUUCUUUCUUUCUCUUUCGGGUUUCUUCGUUUGUUAUGCAUUUGGUUUAUUAGGUAUGUCAUGAAUGAAUUCAAGAAUUAUGGUCGUC